AUGGCCCCUAUUACAUCUGGUCCUGUCGAUCCCUCUGCUCCUUUGGUCAAGAAGCCUAUCUCUUGGAACAACCUUGCGCUAGGUGCAGCCUUGAACCUAUUCGAGGUAUCAUCUCUUGGUCAACCCUUUGAGGUUCUCAAGACUCAAAUGGCGGCAAACAGAUCUCAGUCUAUCUUGACUGCUAUCAAGUCUGUUUGGCAAAGAGGUGGAGUAUUCGGUUUCUAUCAAGGGCUGAUUCCCUGGGCAUGGAUUGAAGGAUCGACCAAGGGUGCAGUUCUUUUGUUUACUGCCUCUGAGUCUGAGUACUAUGCCAGAGCCGCUGGUGCUUCUCCGUUCAUGGCCGGUAUUUUUGGUGGCAUGACAGGUGGUAUUGCCCAAGCAUAUUCUACUAUGGGUUUCUGCACUUUUAUGAAGACUGUUGAAGUCACUCGCUCCAAAGCUGGUGCUCAAGUGUCUACAUUGAAGAUCGCCAGUGAUAUUUUUAAGAAGGAGGGCUUUGCGGGAAUAAACAAGGGUGUAAAUGCUGUGGCUGUACGCCAGUGCACCAACUGGGCCAGUCGCUUCGGUAUCACUCGUUAUACCCAAGAUGCUAUUAUCAAAGCGCGCUAUGGUGAAGGACCUGAUGCCCACAAGAAGGCUACUGCUCUGGAUAAGGGCCUGGCUUCGGUGGCUGGUGGUGCAUUGUCGUGCUGGAAUCAGCCAAUCGAAGUAAUCCGUAUUGAGAUGCAGAGCCAGGUUCAGACACCCGGACGUCCCAAAAACCUUACCAUUGUAAAGGCAUUCAAAUACAUCUACUCUGAACAUGGCGCUCGUGGCCUUUUCAAGGGUGUCGUGCCUCGCAUUGGUCUUGGAAUCUGGCAAACAGUGUGCAUGGUUGCACUAGGUGAUUACUUUAAGGAAUUGUUUGGUACCAACUAGAUUUAGAGCUCUUCAUCAUUAGAGUGGCAUAUGUUUAGAGCGUUAUUUAUCUGUCUUCCGUCUUCAUAUAAUGAACCUUUUCAUUCUGUCUUCACAGAACGCCAUUUUACCCCAUACAGCCAAUAAACUGUUGCUAUGUGUUUUGUUACACGAAUCAAC